CAGGCAACCUUCUCCUGCACUUUGUGGGUUUUGUUCCGUCCUGAAUGUGCUCCCACUUAAUCUCCAUCUGGACUGAACUUGGUUCACAGUAAACAAACUUCUUGAGUCUUGUGCUCCAUUGAUUCCUGUGUUUGCACAGAACUGAGGAACUGAAAAUGGGCACCACUCAAAUCAAUAUGUCAAGUGCCCCACUCGUUAACGGUAUCAUCAGUGCUGACCUCAAGACACACAGACCCCGGGUGAUGUCCAAAAGUGGUCACAGCAAUGUGAGGAUUGACAAAGUAGAUGGUAUAUACCUGCUUUACCUUCAAGAUUUGUGGACAACGGUUAUAGACAUGAAGUGGAGAUACAAACUUACCCUGUUUGCUGCUACUUUUGUGAUGACCUGGUUCCUCUUUGGAGUUAUCUAUUAUGCCAUUGCAUUUCUUCAUGGAGAUUUAGAAAGGGAUCAUUUCCCCCCCAAACAUAUGCCUUGUGUCAAGGAAGUAAAUUCACUAACUGGGGCAUUUCUCUUUUCUUUGGAGUCACAGACAACUAUUGGUUAUGGCUUUCGUUUCAUCACAGAGGAAUGCCCUCAUGCCAUAUUCCUCCUGGUUGCUCAGCUGGUCAUCACAACCUUGAUUGAGAUCUUUAUCACUGGUACCUUCUUGGCCAAAAUUGCAAGACCCAAAAAACGGGCUGAGACUAUUAAGUUCAGUCAUUGUGCUGUAAUUACCAAACACAACGGAGAGCUUUGCCUUGUGAUCAGAGUGGCAAAUAUGAGGAAGAGUCUUCUGAUUCAGUGUCAGCUUUCUGGGAAACUUCUUCAAACCUAUGAAACCAAAGAAGGGGAAAGGAUCCUGCUCAACCAAGCCAGUGUCAAAUUCCAUGUUGACUCCUCUUCAGAAAGUCCUUUUCUGAUUUUACCUUUAACCUUUUACCAUAUAUUGGAUGAGAGUAGCCCUUUAAGAGAUCUCACACCCCAAAACCUAAAAGAAAAGGAUUUUGAACUGGUUGUCCUCUUGAAUGCCACAGUAGAAUCCACUAGUGCUGUCUGCCAAAGCAGAACUUCUUAUAUACCAGAGGAGAUCCACUGGGGUUAUGAGUUUGUGCCUGUGGUUUCUCUCUCUCAAAAUGGAAAAUAUGUUGCUGAUUUUAGUCAGUUUGAGCAAAUCAGAAGAAGUGUAGACUCUACUUUUUAUAGCAUGGACUCUGAAAAACAGAAACUAGAAGAGAGAUACAGACAGGAAGAUGAAAGAGAGAGAGGUCUGAGAACAAUAUUGUUACAGCAAAGCAAUGUGUGAUUGUAUGAGCAAACUUUAACAUUAGUAACGCCUAUUUACAAACUGAAACAAAAGCAUACAUUAUAUACUGUAUGGCUCUUAAGAAAAUGCAGUGGAGACCUCUUAAGCAAGUGCCUUGAUAUAGAGUAAAUCUGUCCUUUUGUGAAGUCAAGUUGUUAAUCGAGUAUUUGUUUUAAUUAGGUGGGAUUUCUUUGUUUAUCAUAAUGACUUAACAGAGUUGGAUUUAUUUUGAGAAUCUGCCUUGUGCCAGCUGUAAGAUCAGACAUACUACUUUCCAUUUGGUAAGUGGAGUUUGAUACCGUGAGAAGAUUUCUUCACAUAGAUAUUUGCCAUGAUUUAAUUAUAACAGUGGGAUCUCAAAGUUAGCACACAGUGCUUCCAGAAGGAAAUAGGCUCCUUUAAAAUGUUUAUUUUCAUACCAGUGCUUUAUUUUCUUUAAGUGGUCUUAACUAAGUUAAUGUGAGAGAUGUGUGGUUCAAUCAGUGCAGACAUACUAUAGCUGGUAAACACAUUCUUUUAUCUUGAAUGAGGGAAAAUGACUUGUACACUAAUAGCCCCGCUGGGCUUUGUUAAAAGGGUGUUCUCAGCUCCAUUAGGGACCAUUAGUUUCUUGAACACUCAUUUGUUUUUUUACCAUGUUAAUGGCAGGCUUGUAUAUAACAUCUAGGGAGGGAGCUGAGGGCAGUUAACACAGAAUCAAAACAGUAAUUAACUACGUUAAAACUGGCUUUGCCAAGACUUUUGUUUUCAUAAAGUGUAAAUCAUUUCUAUUAGCAGCCUUAACAAUACAUUUCUGAAGGUUGCUUGUUUUGCCAUGGGCCAUAUUUAAUUUUUGUUAAAUGAAAUCUUGAUGACAUCUGUAGCCAAUAUUUACUGUUUCUGGCCACAUUAAUGGACAAACAUUCCUUUGAUCCAUUUCGGUUUUGGUGUAUGAAACCAUUCUAUUAAUAAAGGAAUGUAAUUUGAAUGAUUGCUGAUUUCUUUGUGGCGCAGUCAGAGGGUGUGGUAGUUAGGAUAUGCUUGGCAUAUUAAUUUACAUACAGCAAAAGCAAAGAUUACAGAUUGACUCGCUUUAACUAGUCAGGGAAUGGGGAGAAAGCUGUGGAGCAGUGGUGAAUUGGAAACAUACUUUCUGCAUGAAGAACAGCUAUCUGAUAUAAUUUAGAAAUGAGUUUCCUUUCAGCCCCAUGUGUGCUUUUGCCAGUGGCAGUGGUGAACUCCAGAGGCCCUGAUCUGGCAAACCUAGUACAUAGAAAAGUCCCUGUUGACCUGAGUGUGAGCUUUGGGUGUAUCUUGUAUGCAGGCUGGGCCUAGGUCGGUGAAGCACUGGGUCCUUCCCUUAAGGCAAAUCAUUUUUGUGUUCCCUUCCAGCCCUACAUUCCUAUGAUUUUAUGCUAAGAAAAAUUUUAGCUCACUUGCACAUGACCAGAAUUAGAGCUGUGAAAACUCUAAAGCAGGGAUCUCAAACUCAA